GUAUUAUCUAACGAAAAACAUAAUAACAAUUAAUAACAAAAUACGCACCUGCCUACCUAUCUAGAAAUUAUUUUCGGUAAUCGUUUCAAUUAUUCGAAAUGAGCUAAUCAACCAACACAACAACAAUAACGAUCGUAAUGUUGGACUACCGCAGCUACUAAAGUUCAGUGUUUACCUAGAACUAUUAUCCGGAGAAAACCAAAACAAAAUACUUCGCGUUACUGAUAAGAAGAGCUCCCACUCCGCCGCGCAGGUACAGAACUGUUGCUGCGACUGUUGUGAAAGCAAUUGUUAUAGGUAAUGAUAGCAAGCCCGUAUAUUGUGUGUUAUGUAUUAAGGAUCCGCCGUGGAUUGAUUACGAAAGCAGCAACACUUGUUUGGUAAUUUGGUGCCUGUAGUAAUGGUAGUCAUAGUAGUGUACGUUCCAUAGGUGGUGGUAACGUGCAACGACACACAGUGAUCGUUUUUUACUUUCUCGCCCAAGUUGUGAGAAAUCACAUAAAAACACGGUAUCUUUUUUUAAUUUAUUUUUUAUUAAUUUUUUUUUAUUAAUAAACCAUUUAACAGUAUUCGUAAUCGUAAUUGUGUCAGUAUUAUUAAGUAUUAAGUGUAAAUUAUUGUUAAUAUUUUGUUACGACUCAACGAGUGUUUGCAUAUUAUAACCGUCGACAAACAUACAGUUCUACUGCUGUGCAUUGGACGCCAAUACUCGUCUUACAUAUACGAAAAGGAGAUAUAUAACAUUGAAUCAAUAUCUGUGAAAACCAAUGUCAUUGAUAUCAACUACAUUAUCAACGACUCAACACCCGUUAAUGAGAUAUGAACGAAGGAUAUUGUUGUAUGUGUUGUGAUCAAACCAAAGCUGCUGUUGCUCAAUAAACAUUAUUUGAUCAAUACAAUCUUGCAAAAUGUAGCACCUUUGUUUCAAGCGGUAACCAGUCUACAUACUGCUCUUGCUCAAGUCAUUGCAUUCAGAAAAACUUAUUUUCAUAGUCGCUGUAAAAAAUAUUAAUUUUUUUGCUCAUUUACUACUGUAAGUUUAUUUCAGUAUAACUGUGAACAUGUGGAUUACAUUACUAUUGUUAUUUGCUAUUAAAACAAGUCAAGCUGCUGACUUAGCCAUUCAACUUCCUGCGUCCAACACAUUAUCGUUUCCAACCUCUCAACAACAAGCUUUUUAUAGGUUUGAUUAUAAACCACCUUAUGGUCAUCCUCCAGCGAACACAACUAUUGCUGCUCAAGAUAUAGGCGAUGUGAUACAUUUUUCUCAAGCUUUACCUGGAGCCCGUUAUGAUUUUUGGUUGUAUUACAGUAAUUCAAGCACAGGUAGUAGUUCAACCAUUAAUAAUUCACCACAAACUCCAGGAAAUUUAAUAGGUGGAAACGGCGGUGAAAAUAUUAUAAAUGGAGCUAUUUCUAAUUCUAUAUCUUCUCAACCACAGUGGUUACUUACUUGGACUGCUUCAAUUACCACUGCACCAGACCCUCCAACAAAUUUAACUGUGACUGUGAAAGGUGGGAAAACAGCUCAUGUUCAAUGGUCACCUCCAGUGUUGGGAAACUACAACGGAUUCAAGCUAAAAGUUUUAAGUCUGUCUCCAUCAUCUUCAACUGGUGUAAUACAACAACAACAGGAACAGUUUGUGAAAAUAGUUGAUGCUAUCAGCUCUCAAUCAACUUUAUCUCAAAUGGACUCACUUAGAGAUUCGCAACAAUAUGUUUUAAAAGAUUUGACACCUGGAGCUACGUAUCAAUUACAGUUGUUUACAGUAUAUGACCAUAAAGAAAGUGUAGCUUAUAUAUCAAAAAAUUUUACUACUAAGCCGAGUACACCAGGAAAAUUUAUUGUAUGGUUCAGAAACGAAACAACAUUAUUAGUGCUUUGGCAACCUAGUUAUCCAGCUAGUGUAUUCACUCAUUAUAAGGUAAGUGUAGAGCCUCAAGAUUCACCAGAAUCAACAGUAUAUGUAGAAAGAGAAGGUGAACCACCCGGUCCAGCCCAAGCAGCAUUUAAAGGUCUUGUUCCUGGGCGUGCAUACAACAUAAGUGUACAUACUGUAAGUGAAGAUGAAACAUCAGCACCAACUACUGCUCAAUAUCGUACUAUUCCUUUAAAACCAUUGAAUGUGGCUGUUGAUCCUCGAUACACAAGUUCAUAUGGUUUACGUGUACACUGGGAACCACCUAAAGGCCUUUGUGAAUUUGAUAAGUAUCAAAUAUCAGUCAAUGUUAAGAGGCCAUCUCAGCAAUCUUCAAAUCCUUCAACAUCUCAUCGUAGUAUUAGUGAUCAAACACAACAAACAACUACUCCAAUAACACUUACUCGUCCCCGUGAUGGCGAUAGUUCAAAUUCUGGAGGAUCAACUCAAUGGUGUGAUGUAUAUGACACACAACAGCUCCAACCAGGUCGAACUUAUCAAGUACUUGUGAAGACUGUUUCUGGAAAAGUAGCUUCUUGGCCUGCUUCAGUGAAUGUUACCUUAAAACCACUACCUGUAAUUGAUUUGAAAGUCAUAAGUAGUGGUAAUACAAAUGGAAAUAAUUUAAAUGAAGAUGGAGGAGGUGGAGUAUUACAAUUAACAUGGAAAGCGGAUGCAAUGAGUUGGCAAGAUGCGUAUCAAGUGAGCUAUGCUGAAGUUAUAACAGGAUCUCUGUCAUCUUCUUCAUCUGCAUCUGAUUCUUUACUCGUAUCUUCGGUAUUAUCAUUGGGAAAUAAUCUUAAUCAAUCACAAAACGGUUCUUCACGACAACAAUCUGCAUCAUCAGCUGUAUCUGUUGCAUCAGCUGCUAUUACUGCAACAACUUCUACCGAUAGUAAUGUUGUGGUAGUUCAAGCAACCAGAGAAUCAAUUGAAGAUCCGUUGACACCUAUAGAGUGUACAUUAGAAUCUUUAUUGCCUGGACGUAAUUAUUCUGUAUCCGUUCGAUCACUUAGUUCAGGUGUUGCCUCUAAUGACACAGUUGUUUAUCAUACAAUGAAACCAUCAGCACCAAUUAUAGAAGAUUUAAGGCCCACAUUGGAUUAUGGGUUAAAUGUAUCUUGGAAAACAGAUGUCAAUAGCAGACAAGAAACCUUUCAAGUUGUACUUCGUCGGAAUGAUACUGAUGACAUACCAACAGUGAGGAUAACUAAUGAAUGGCGUAUGGCGUUGAGAAAUUUGUAUCCUGGAGCUGCCUAUCAGCUUAAAGUGUUUGCAAUCAGUCAUGGGCUUUUAUCUGAACCCCAUGAUUAUUUUCAAGCAGUUUAUCCUAGGCCUCCUACUAAUCUUCAAGUGGAAAACAUAACUGCUGCCUCAAAUAUGGGGUCAAAUUCUGUUUUAUUAAAAUGGAAUGGUCCCAUUGGUGAAGGUUUAUUCACUGAGUAUUCAAUUAAAUAUCGAACUAUUGAUUCAAAUGGUGGGCAGCAACCAUGGAUUAGAUUGCCUGGAGUACAAACAACUGAGGCAGAAAUCGCAGAUAUGAUGGCUGGACAGCGAUAUACAAUUCAAGUUAACACACAGACAUAUGGAACUCUAGAAUCGCCUUACCCUCUGCUAGUUAAUUAUACAAUACGUCCAAAUCCUGUGAGUAAUAUCGCCUUGCUUGUGGAUGCUACAAACUUGACUAUACAAUUUCCUCGUCCAGAAGGUUUAAUUGAUUACUAUUCUGUUGAGUAUACACUCCUCAAACCACCUCCACAAGCAGAUCAAAAUCAAACAACUACCUCAAUAGGUUGGAAUACAGUAGCCAUGACUUGGGGUAUUAAUGGAGUUGGAAAUAGUGGUUGGAAAAACUUUACAGACUCUGGAUACUCAAGUGCAUCUAGUGGAAAUGUUAUAGUGAAUUUGGGUAUAGAUGAUUUAAUAGCAGGUGCAGGUUAUGCAUUACGUGUACGUACAAGUUCGCACUCUAUGUACAGUGACCCUGUGCUUUUGGAAGCACAUACUAUGCCUUUGAUUUUAUCUGAAAUAUUGGCUGUGAACGAUCAACAGUUGGCUACUGAUACGUUAACCUUACGUUAUACUCCAACCCCACAAACCGCUAGCCGUUUUAUCAAGUAUCGUUUCCAACUAGCUGAAGCUCAUCAAACACAAACACAAUCUACAGUUUAUCAAUCAUUUGCUACUACUACUUUAGACCCAGGAUCUGGAAUAGCACCAACAUCAUCAACUGGAACGGCAGCAUCAGUAUUGAUUGCUGAAAAAUGGGCAUCAGACAAUGAAUGGAAAGUUACUUGGCACUCUUUAGUUCCUGGUCGUCUAUAUGAUAUAACAGUAUGGACAGUAUCAGCCUAUGGUGUUCUUAGUCAACCUUUGCGACGUCAAGACCGCCUAUAUCCAGAACCAAUUACUGAUUUAAAUGCAACUCAAAUUACUCGUGAUUCUGUACAUCUUGUUUGGACACUGCCUCGUGGACAGUAUGAUGCUUUUGAAAUUCAGUAUUUAGAUACUGAUGCCACGAUUAUUACCACGGCUACAUCUGUUGCAAGUUCAUAUUCAUCGUCUUCAUCAUCUUCUGAUGGAGGAGGUGCAUUGCUUGUACAAAACUUAACUGAUAAACCAUGGUUCUUAGUACAAGGUCUUCGGCCAUAUCGUAACUAUACAUUCACUGUUGUGGUUCGAGCUGGUGGCGGUGGGUCACUAACACAACACAGUAGUGCAGGAGGGUAUGCAGCAGCACUGUUGUUAAGACGUUCAGUACCAGUUUCUGGUACUUUUAGUACAUUGGAGUGGGUACCAGGACGCUGUACUCGUUUCCAGGCAGUAGAUGUACAACCUGGCCAUUUAACUUUAGAAUGGGUAUUACCUGAAUCUGAACACAAUGGUGUACUUUUACGUUAUGUGAUUUCUUGGACUGCUAUGGUAAUUUCUCCAUCUUCUGAUGGCUCUCCUAUAUCUACAAAUACUGUAGUUCAAUUGCAUGGUAGUGAAGAAGAAAAUAUGCUUAGAAUAGGCAUUGAUAAUUUAAUUAAUAAUGCUGGACUAUUAAGCAGCCAGCCAUCUAUAGGAUCUGAAAUUGAAUUUGGUGAAACAACUAAGACUGCAUAUUAUGAGCCAUGGAGAAAUAGGGCAAUAAUUAAAGGUCUAAUACCUGGUCGGCAAUAUAUAUUUAAUAUAAGUGGUGAGACACGUAUUGGUCGUGGUCUUGUAGCUAGUUUGGAGCAGCGUAUGCCAAUUUUAGCACCACCUAAGCCAAGUGCUCAAGUUGUACCAACUGAAGUAAGUAGAACUACAAAUACCAUACAGGUACGCUUCCGGAAGAACUACUUUGGUGAUCAAAAUGGUCGAGUUGUUGCAUAUACUUUGAUUGUAGCAGAGGAUGAUUCUAAAAAUGCUAGUGGUCUUGAAAUGCCCAGCUGGCAGGAUGCACAAGCAUAUACAAUUUGGCCACCCUAUCAGGUUCUUGACCCAUAUCAUCCAUUUUCAACUAAUAAAACUGUUGAAGAUUUUACUAUUGGACAAGAUACUCAUUGCAGUAAAAAUGCAAUAACUGGUGGUAAAUUAUUAUCAUCGCAAUAUUGCAAUGGUCCAUUAAAACCAGGAACAACAUAUCGUGUAAAAGUACGUGCGUUCACAACAAAUGACAAAUUUACGGAUACUAUGUAUUCAUUUCCUAUACAGACAGACCAAGACAAUACAUCAACUCCUACAUCAGCUACGGCUAUUGUACUGUCAGUUGUUGUAGGAUUGCCAGCUGCUUUUAUACUAAUUGCUGUUUGUGCAGCAUUAGCUACUGGAAGCAGUCGGAGCCGUUGGUUUUUCUGUCGUGGUAGCAAAAGCAAAAUAAUGAAGAGCACUAUUGGUGGUAAAAGACAAGCUGGGACAGGCCAACGAAGAAUCACAGGAAAAUUUUUAGAUAAUUCUUCAUCAGCUAGAAAUUUAAAUGGAGGUGGUCGCGGUGGUGGCCGAGGAGGUGAUAUGAUAAAUUCUUCCAGUGUUCAACAACAACAACAAUUGUCUUGUGAUUUACAAAUAAGUCGGCCUGUUAGAGUAGAUAGAUUUGUGGAGCAUUAUGCACAAAUGUCUGCUGAUUCAGACUUCAGAUUUUCUGAAGAAUUUGAAGACUUGAAACAUGCUGCUGCAGAUGCAGCAGCUAAUGGAAAUACUACUACAACAGCAGCAGAUUUACCAUGUAAUCGUCCUAAGAAUAGAUUCACCAAUAUUCUGCCAUAUGAUCACAGCCGAUUUAAGUUGCAACCAGUAGAUGAUGAAGAAGGAUCCGAUUAUAUAAAUGCUAAUUAUGUUCCGGGUCACAAUAGUGUUAGGGAAUUCAUUGUGACUCAAGGUCCAUUGCAUUCAACUAGAGAUGAUUUUUGGCGCAUGUGUUGGGAAAGCAAUACAAGGAGUAUAGUAAUGUUAACUAGAUGUGUCGAAAAAGGUCGUGAAAAAUGUGAUCAUUAUUGGCCUUAUGAUACUCAUCCUGUUUAUUAUGGUGACAAUAUAUGUGUUACUUUGUUAAAUGAUACUCAUUAUUCUGAUUGGGUGAUAACUGAAUUUAUGGUCUGUCGGAAUGAUCAAAAAAGAGUGAUAAGACAUUUCCAUUUUACUACUUGGCCUGAUUUUGGUGUUCCUAGUCCUCCUCAAACUUUAUGUCGUUUUGUUCGUGCGUUUAGAGAACGUCAUCAUACUGGUGUGGGUAAUACAAUUGAACCUCACCAGCAUCAGUUACCGCAACACCAUCGGCCUAUAAUUGUGCACUGCAGUGCUGGUGUUGGACGAUCUGGUACAUUUAUAGCUCUUGAUAGAGUUUUACAAUCGCUCAAUGACCCUACUCAAGUAAAUAAUUAUAUUGAUGUAUACAGUAUUGUGUAUGCAAUGCGCAAGGAACGUGUAUGGAUGGUACAAACUGAACAACAGUAUAUAUGCAUACAUCAAUGUAUUGUAUGUAUACUUCAACAAAACAAUGGCAAUGGAGAUCAACAGGAAUUACUCGAUCAAGACCAACAAGAUUUAGAACUGAUGAACAACACAGCUUCAACAAUGCUAGCACAUCACAAUCGUGCUUUUGAAGAUGACGAAGGUAUAGCUGAAUCAGGAAUGUAAUUUUUUUGAUCAAAUGAACAUUUUUGAAAUAGUAUUUUAUUUUUCUAUAUCCAUUGCCAACAAUUAUAGACUUAGUAGUUGUAGAUUUGUUGGAAAUUGGGGAGUCAAUAUUUUUUGUAAAAUUAUAUGUAUUAUUAAUAUUGAUAUAAUAACUUUUAUAUAAAUUGUAUUACAUUUUUAGGGCUAUAUACCCUAAAAAUCUCUCUAUGAUAGACUUACAACAGUAUUAUAUUAAACUACUUUGAUUAAA